AUGAAUAAACAGGAUUCAUCAGAUGUUGAUUUCUUCAAGGAUUUCUAUCCUAUUGAAUGGGGUCUGGUUGGUUUCUUUGGUGUUGGCAGAGGUCUAAGGCAAGGAGAUCCCAUCUCUCCAAUCCUUUUCAUCCUGGCAGAGGAAGUGUUGUGUAGGGGAUUGAAGAACCUUAUUAUGGAAGGGAAACUGAAAGCCCUCCCUGGCCCUAGAGGUGCAGCUACCCCUUCCCAUCGUCUCUUCACUUUCGUUUUUAUGAACGAAUCAGCCAAGUAUGUUAAACAGCUGCAUGAAUUUUCAUCAAAGUAUCAGGCUUUCUCUAGCCAGAAAAUUAAUUUGGAAAAAAAUUUCUUUGAGGAUUUUCAUGGUGUUACGCCUGGUUAUGAUCAUUAUGACCUGCUGGAUUUUAUUCCAUGUGAGUUGGAUGAAAGGGAUAAUGACUUUCUAGAAGCAGUCCCAGCUAUAGAGGAGAUCAAGUGUGCGGUUUGGGAGUUGGACCCUGAUAGUUCUCCCGGUCCUGAUGGCUUUCUAAGAGGACUUUUUAGACGUUGUUGGGAAAUUGUGGAGUGGGAUUUCUGUAGAGCUAUCCUUGCCUUAAGGCUCUCUCUUUUUCUUCCAAGGUUAGUAUCGGAUGAGCAGGGGGCUUUUCAAAAAGGGAAGAUCAUCUCUACAAAUAUUAGUUUAGCCUCUGAGCUAGCUAAUUUGAUGUUCUUUGCGGUGAGGGGUGGUGGAAUGGGGAUCAAGCUGGAUGUCCAAAAGGCUUAUGAUUCUCUCUCAUGGGAUUUCCUUUUUGCGACCCUGAGUAAAUUUGGCUUCUUAGCAAAGUGGGUGCAAUGGAUCCAUCAGCUCCUUAUUUCUUCUAGAAUGCCGGUCCUAGCUAAUGGAGAACCUGUGGGCUAUUUCGGUGUUGGUCGUGGUCUGAGGCAAUGGGACCCUGUUUCACUCCUUCUAUUCAUUGUGGUUGAAGGGGUACUCUGUAGAGGGUUGAAGGGUCUCGUGGCUGAUGGGAAAUUAAAAUGUCUCUCAGGUCCAAGAGGUAUUACUACUCCUUCUCAUCAUCUAUUCGCUAAUGAUAUUUUCAUUUUUAUGAAUGCAUCAGCUGAAUAUGUGAGAAACUUGCAUAGUUUCCUUUCCAAGUAUCAGGAAUUCUUGAGUCAGAAAAUUAACUUGGAUAAAAGUAAGGUUUUCUUUGGGAAGGCGGCUCCUCACAGGAAGUAUAUCAUCAGUGAUUGGUUGGGCAUCAACGCGCCCUCUCGUUUGGAAAAAUACUUAGGGACGAAAAUUUUUCAGGGUUGGGUCACUAAAUCUCAUAUGCUUCCUUUGGUUGAUAAAAUCAAGGAUAGGCUGGCAGGGUGGAAAUAA